AACCAAAACAAAACAUACAAAAACAAGUGGAAGCUUUAAAACGAAAGAGAGAGAGAGAGAGAAAGAAAUGGCGACGUCGGGAACGUACGUGACGGAGGUUCCGUUAAAAGGAUCGGCCGAGAAACAUUACAAGAGGUGGAAGAACGAGAACCAUGUAUUCCCUGACGCCAUCGGCCACCACAUCCAAGAUGUCAUUGUUCACGAAGGCGAACAUGACUCUCACGGCUCUAUCAGGAGUUGGAACUACACUUGGGAUGGAAAGGAGGAGGUGUUCAAGGAGAGAAGAGAGAUAGACGAUGAGACUAAAACGUUGACGUUAAGAGGACUUGAGGGUCACGUGAUGGAGCAGCUCAAAGUGUAUGACGUCAUCUACCAAUUCAUUCCCAAAUCUGAGGAUACCUGCGUUGGCAAAAUCACUUUAAUAUGGGAGAAGCGCAACGAUGAGUCCCCAGAACCAAGCGGCUACAUGAAAUUCGUCAAGAGCUUGGUUGCUGACAUGGAAGAACACGUCAUCAAAACUUAAUCAUCAUCCCCACGGUGACAGUCACCAUCAUCAUCACCAACUUCAUCAUCAUCACUGUAUAUCUCGAUUUACUUAAGGUGUUUUUCAAUAUAAUAAAUGGGGUCUUGUGGAGUUUCAUUUCUAUGUGUUGCCGUUUGGUUAUGUAAGAUGGUUUGAUAUAUUGUUAUGCUCAUGAUCAUAUAUCGGGUUCGAUAUAAUGAUUCUUAAGAAUAAGUUAUUACACGUUGUUUCAGUGUUUAUUUUAUUUGCAAUUUUUCAUAUAUGGAUUAGUAAACAUCUACUGGUAUU